AUGCGAAUGUGCUCCUUGCCUGGUCAGAUCCCAGCGCAGGAAGGACGCACACCCUAUAAACCACUAGGCCAAAAGGGUCAUUCUGGCCACAUCCAGCCUCACGUGAGAUCGCAAUCUCCUGUCACUCAGGGCCUGAGGGGGCGGGUCCUGAAGCCCCAUACAAUCAGGGGCGCUGGGGUGGGGACCUGUCAAUCAGGCACGCCGCGGGAAAGGAGAGGGCGGCUUCCGGGAUCCCGCUGGCGGGCGCUUUGUCUCGCCUUCGCCACCGUAGGCUCUUCCUACAAGAUAACUUUUCUACCCAUAUUUUCCAUUCUAGUAGUGGUUACGUUUGUUCUCGGAAAUUUUGCUAAUGGCUUCAUAGCAUUGGUAAAUUCCAUUGAAUGGGUCAACAGACAAAAGAUCUCCUCUGCUGACCAAAUUCUCACUGCUCUGGCAGUCUCCAGAGUUGGUUUGCUCUGGGUAAUAUUAUUACUUUGGUAUGCAACUGUUUUGAAUCCAGAUUCAUACAGUUUAGCAGUAAGAAUUACUACUACUAAUGCCUGGGCAGUAACCAACCAUUUCAGCAUCUGGGUUGCUACUAGCCUCGGCAUAUUUUAUUUGCUCAAGAUUGCCAAUUUCUCCAACUUUAUUUUUCUUCACCUAAAAAGGAGGAUUAAGAGUAUCAUUCCAGUGAUACUACUCGGGUCUUUGUUAUUUUUGGUUUGUCAUCUUGUUGUGGUAAACAUGGAUGGGAGUAUGUGGACAAAAGAAUAUGAUGGCAACGUGAGUUGGGAGAUCAAAUUGAGUGAUUCAACGCACCUUUCAGAUAUGACUGUAACCACGCUUGCAAACUUAAUACCCCUUAUUCUGUCCCUGAUAUCUUUUCUGCUGUUAAUUUGUUCUUUGAGUAAACAUCUCAAGAAGAUGCAGCUCCAUGGCAAAGGAUCUCCAGAUCCCAACACCGAGGUCCACAUAAAAACUUUACAAACUGUGAUCUCCUUCCUCUUGUUACUUGCUAUUUACUUUCUGUCCCUAAUCACAUCAAUUUGGAAUCUUAGGAGGAGGCUGCAGAAAGAACCUGUCCUCCUGCUUUGCCAAACUACUGUAAUUAUAUAUCCUUCAUUUCAUUCAUUCACCCUAAUUUGGGGAAGCAAGAAGCUAAAACAGACCUUUCUUUUGAUUUUGUGUCAGAGUAGGUGCUGAGUGAAAGACCUGAAACUCUCAAAUUUCUAGAUUCACAAGUGGGACAUCGUGUGUCUCCAAGAGAAAACAAACUGAUGCUGUCUGGAAUAUUUUAUGCUUUCUACUGGUUUUUCUGUAUUGUAUAUUUUUGAGUAAUUUCCAAAAGUAUAUCUAGAAAAGUCUUUUACCUAAAGUUAGUCUAAAAAGUAUCUAUAUAUGCAUGUGUAUGUGUAUAUGAAACACUGAAGAGAGAGUGACAAUAACAUAAUCUUAAUCAUUUUUUAUAAACUGCCAAAUUAUAGAAAAUAUAAGAAAUUUUUCAGAAUCAUGAAGCCAUGUGUAUUUCACAUAUACAUUUCAUAUUAUCAUAUUUCAUUUGAAAAAUUUAUCAUCUCUAUUUUUAAUUGUUAAGAACUUGCAGCUUAUUUCACAAAAUCAUUUCUCUUUUCCACUGUUAUUUGUACCAUACAUAGGUACCAUAGUGUGCUUAAACAUGAUUAUUUUAACUUCUAGUUUUUUGGAUGGUAUGAGCAUUCUAUCCUAAAUCAAUAAUGAGGUUUUAUCCUUGGGGUAGUUUUUAUUUCAUAAUUAAUGAAUUCUAAUUUUAUGUUCAGUUUAAAGCAAACAAUUAUUGUUAGAAAACUGUGCACAAAAUAAAAUUCAAGAAUGA